AUGAGUUUACCCCUCAAUCCCAAGCCUUUUCUCAGUGGAUUGACAGGAAAGCCAGUGAUGGUAAAACUUACAUGGGGGAUGGAGUCCAAGGGCUACCUGGUCUCUGUGAAUGGCUACAUGAACAUGCAGCUUGUGAAUACAGAAGAAUACAUAGAUGGGGCAUUGUCUGGACAUCUGGGUGAAGUUCUGAUAAGGUGUAAUAAUGUCCUUUAUAUCAGAGGCGUUGAAGAGGAGGAGGAAGAUGGGGAAAUGAGAGAACAGCAUCUUUGGGGGGGGAUUUUUUUUAUAUACAUGUAUUUCUAUACAAUAAAGAUUUUUAAAAAUAUGUGUCUGUGA